CCUCCCGAUCGACGCCCAUAAAUACGCGCCCCGAGCACGCCCCGCAGACCUCACAACAGCUCUCUCUCAUUUCCUUCCUUCUCAUCCCUCUCGAUCGGUAGGCGAUCGAUCGCCGCGAUCUGCUAAUCAACUCCGUGCGUCUUGCUCUGUUAAAUGUCUGGAGGCCUGGCCGGCGUCGUCGAGGUGUUGUCCGGGCUAGAGGUACUACUAGCGGUGGUUGUUCUUCCUGUGCUGGACGUGGUGGUAGUCUGCUUCUUGAAGCGCUCGUCGUCCCCGUCGCCGGAGAAGGAGCUGCGAGCCCAAACCGGAGGGUUCAUAAACGAAGGUUGAGUUAAUCUUGCUGCCUUUCAAGGUUUCCAUAGAGGAAAAAGUGAAGAACUUCUUCAAAGACCGGCAGGAGCGGAACAAACAAACAAGUCGAAAUAGAGAACUCACUGAAUAAGGUGAUGGCUCCAAGCAUCGUCGAUUCGAAGGGCAUAUCUCCCAUCACUGAAGAUGGGUCAAUGGACAGAAGAGGAAAUCCGGCAGUUAAGGCAAACACUGGAAAAUGGAAAUCCUCCAUCCUGUUGCUAGUCAACUAUGGACUGGUGACGUGCGCCUUCUUCGGCGUCGGGGUGAACCUGGUGGUGUUCCUCCGCAGGGUGCUCCACCAGGACAACGCCGAGGCGGCCAACAGCAUCAGCAAAUGGACCGGCACCGUGUACAUCUUCUCGCUCAUCGGCGCCUUCAUGAGCGACUCCUACUGGGGCCGCUACAUCACCUGCGCCAUCUUCCAGAUGAUCUACGUAACGGGGCUGGUGAUACUGUCGCUGACGUCUUGGUUCCUGCUGGUGAAGCCCUCGGGCUGCGGCGACGGCGAGACGCACUGCGACAAGCCGUCGACGGCGGGCGUGGCGCUGUUCUACCUGUCGACGUACAUGAUCGCGUUCGGCAACGGCGGGUACCAGCCGUCCAUCGCUACGCUGGGGUCCGACCAGUUCGACGAGACGGACCCGGACGAGGCGCGCUCCAAGGUGGCCUUCUUCAGCUACUUCUACCUGGCUUUAAACGUGGGCUCCCUCUUCUCCAACACGGUUCUGGUGUACUACGAGGACUCGGGUCAGUGGGUCAUGGGGUUCUGGGUCUCGGCUGCCGCGGCAGCGCUGGCGCUCGUGCUCUUCCUGCUCGGCACCCCAAACUACCGCUACUUCAAGCCCAGCGGCAAUCCCUUGACACGCAUCGCGCAGGUGCUCGUCGCCGCGUCCCGUAAAUGGCGCACCCACGCGCCCCGCGGCGAGCUGCUCCACGAGGUGGACGGAGACGAGUCCAAGGUUUCAGGAAUCCGGAAGAUUUUACACAGCGAUCAGCUCAGGUAUCUGGACAAGGCGGCGACGGUCACCGAAGAGGAGUACUUCGAUCCGGAGAGGAUGAAGGACCCGUGGCGGCUGUGCACGGUGACGCAGGUGGAGGAAGUGAAGUGCAUCCUGAAGAUGCUGCCCAUCUGGAUGUGCACCAUCGUCUACUCCGUGGUGUUCACCCAGAUGGCGUCCCUGUUCGUGGAGCAAGGCACCACCAUGGACACCAACAUCGUGGGCUCCUUCCACGUGCCGGCCGCGAGCAUGUCCGUGUUCGACAUCCUCAGCGUGCUGGCCUUCAUCGCCAUCUACCGGCGCGUGCUGGUGCCGGUCAUGGCGAGGCUGUCGGGGAACCCGCAGGGGCUGACGGAGCUGCAGCGGAUGGGCGUCGGGCUCGUGAUCGGCAUGGGCGCCAUGGUCGUGGCGGGGGUCGUGGAGGUGGAGCGGCUGAAGCGGGUGGCCGCGCCGGACCAGCCGAGCUCCCUGAGCGUGCUGUGGCAGGUGCCGCAGUACGCGCUGAUCGGGGCUUCGGAGGUGUUCAUGUACGUGGGGCAGCUCGAGUUCUUCAACGGGCAGGCGCCCGACGGGGUCAAGAGCUUCGGCAGCUCGCUGUGCAUGGCGUCCAUCUCGCUCGGGAACUACGUGAGCAUCAUGCUUGUCAGCGUGGUCACCAGCCUCACCGCAGGGGAGAGGCGGCCCGGGUGGAUCCCCGGGAACCUUAACUCGGGUCACCUCGACAGGUUCUACUUUCUACUAGCCGCGCUCUCGCUCGUUGAUCUCGCUGUCUACGUGGCCUGCGCGAUGUGGUACAAGGGCAUCAAGCUCGACAACAGCAACGAGGAGAAGGGGAAGGUGCCGGCGCAUGUUUAGGACGCCGGGCCUCUCGGGCCUUGAGGUGUUUCUGGUUUAGAUCUUUGGUGGGCUUCGGUUUGGCUGAGCCUACGAACGUACUGGGCUGGCAAUCGGCUUUCCCGUCGUAAGAAGAAAAUAAAGUGUGCCGUCUAGUUGGUUGCUGGAUAGGCCCAUGUUGUUUUGUCCGUCCUCGUUUCAACUCCAACAGUUCGAAGUUAUGUCAUGCAAAUUUCCUACGAGGAGUCC